ACUCGCGACUGCUCGCGACGUCAGUGUGUGACAACACAACAGAGAGACACCGAUUUUGGUUCUCAUACAUCUCAUAACGAAGCCACCAAGCUACAGCGAGUACGGCGACACCGCGGACCACCGCGGACCACGGCGACAGCCUGCUGGCGUAGUAGUGAGCAGAGGAGUAUUCGCGCACUGUUACGAAGAAAAUCAUUACCGGAGUUUUCUGGAGUUUUCUCAAUAGAUUCUCGCUGAGGAUGGCUGGCUGCUGUGUCCCCGGUUGCGGGAACUCGACGGCCAAGGGAUAUUCUUUGAGAAGUUUUCCGAGGGAUCAUAAACGAAGAGAACAAUGGAUCGCCAAUAUCGGCGUACCGAACUGGCAGCCCAACGUGAACAGUCGUAUAUGCGAGGCGCACUUCGCCAAGACUGCAUGGGAGAAGGUCCGCUGUGACGGCAAACGCAAACUGAAAUGUAACGCCGUACCCACGAUUUUCUUCCAUCGUACGAUUGAAGCGUACGACUUGCGCGACCCGACGAAAAGUAACAAAGAUAACAGUACCGUAAACAUGUUCAUUGCGCGUCUGACGAAUGAGGGAGAAGUUAAAAUCGAUUAUCAGUAUCAGUUACGUUCCAAUGAUAUUGAACGAUUGAAGAAUCAAAAACCGUCGGAUGGUCGUCCAAAUCCAUUCAUACCUGAGAAGAAGAAUGAAGAAGAGAAGGAAACUACAGAAGUCGACUGGAAGCAACAAUGUGAGGAAUUGACGUGUCGACUGACAAAGAGCGAAAAAGAAUGCCAGAGACUUCGAGGCAUCAUGAAGAAACGUGAGGAUUUGUUUAACAAGUUAAUAAGAAGGAGUUACAACUGUGGAAAAAUUUUAAAGGAACGCCUAAGGAAACUGAGGAUAGAGAACCAACUUAACAGCAAGUUAAAUAUCAGAUUGAGAGAAGUUUUCAAUGAGGAUCAGAUCAGGGCUAUUAUUAAUCCAAUUGAGAACCGCAAAUGGUCUGACGAAACGAUUAAGCGAGCCGCUCGACUGAGGCUUACAUGUGGCUUGCUCGGAUACCAAGAAAUUUUAGAUCAACAUUUUCCUUUGCCCUUACUAGAAAUUAUUGAACAGAAAAUGGGCGGUGUUGAAUUAGACAAUUAAAUUGUGCUUUCCAAGAUUUCCAAAGCAUAUAUAAGUUUUUAUAUUUAUUAUGUUAUAAUGACUAUCUUGUAUAUUGUAAUGUAGUUACUUAUUAUAUGAUGUUUUACAUGCACUGAUUUUCACUCGAGAAAAAAUAAGUAUAAAUUUUUUGUAAAUAAAAUGAUUUUAAUAGUCUCGAGGGAAUUUGUUAUCGUGAAAUAUGUCUCUUCUGAAAGUGUAACAUUUUGAAUAUCUAAGGAUGUCUUGGCUCUACAGUAACAACUAAAAGUUAUUGAAAUUUAAAAACUGAAA